CAAACUUUGGAACUCCUUGUCAAUGUCAAAUUAACAAAAAAAUACACAAACACGCAGCAGUAUUUGCAUUUUUUUCAAUUAAUUCUAUUUUCAGCAGCAAUUCUUCAUCCUAUUCAUGGAUUUCCCUGCUACUCCUUCGAACGCAUCGGACAGCAAUGAAUAUCCUGGAGCCAUACCAUCACCGCUUGAGAGUGCUCACGACAAUAUGAAACGGCGGAGCUCAUCUAGAUCAAUAAAGCGGCGCCGUUUCGACGAUGAGCUGGUGGAAUAUAGCUUGCACUUGCCGGGGGCUUCGUUGGGGAAAGGGGAUAAGAGGAUGCGUACUCAGUCGUACACCAGCUCGAUACCUGAGCCGCUGCCGGUGGCCCCGAGCACCCCGGUGACGCCCGCCGCGCCGCCGCCGCCGCCGCCCCCCGCACGCCGGGUCUCCAAGCCCUCCAUCAGUGGCAGCCUCGGCAGGAAGGCGCGGCGUAAAGGACAACUCAGUCAGUUGUCUACGAAGGAUCUCGGCCGAUGGAAGCCAACUGAUGAUCUGGCUCUCAUUUUGGGAGUUCAGCAGACAAAUGACUUGCGCACAGUGCACCGUGGCGUCAAGUUCUCAUGCCGCUUCACUGUGGGCGAGCUGCAGUCUCGCUGGUAUGCACUGCUGUACAACGCGGAGGUGUCCCGCGUGGCCGUGGCCGCCAUGAGGAACCUGCACCCGGACUUGGUUGCAGCCGUGCAGCAGCAGGCGUUGUACUCUAAUGCUGAGGAAGAGCUGCUUGGCACACUGGCUAGUAACUCCCACCCGGGCGUGGAGAAGUUCCAGGAGUUACUGGAGCAGAACCCGCAUGUGUUCUACCAGUCACGCUCCGCCAAGACGUUGCAGGCGCACUGGCAGCUGCUGAAGCAGUACCAGCUGCUGCCCGACCAGACUGUGCAACCACUGAACAAAGAUGAAGUGACGACAUUCUCCGAUGCUGAGGAGACAAUGAACGAUGCGGAGCUGCAGGACAUGAGGGAGGAUGGCAUGGACAUAGAGCUGCAGUUGGCUGACAGGGAGGAAAAGUACCAGAUCCGCCAGCUAGAGAACAGCUGGUCGCGCUGGCAGGUGCUGGUGCAGUCGGUGGCGGGCGCCGGCGCCGAGCUGGACAAGCACACGCUGGCCGUGCUGCGCGGCGCGCUCGUGCGCUACCUCAUGCGCUCCCGGGAGAUAGCAGUGGGCCGCAGCACCCGCGACCACUCGAUCGACGUGGACCUGAGCCUCGAGGGGCCGUCGGCGAAGGUGUCCCGGCGGCAGGCCACCAUCCGGCUGCGCAACAGCGGCGACUUCUUCAUAUCCUCGGAGGGGAAGCGGCCCAUCUUCAUCAACGGCCGGCCCGUGCUGCAGGGGAAUAAGGUCAAGCUCAACCACAACAGCGUCAUCGAGAUCGCGGGUCUCCGCUUCAUAUUCCUGAUCAACCAGGAGCUCAUCAGCGCCAUCAGACAAGAAGCCGUCAAAGUUAAUAUUCCAGUGUGAACUUGCCUUACUCAGUAUUACUUUAGAUAUUAAGUUUUCGUGUAUCUGUUAGCGCUCACAUACCGAAUUUUCAAUAUAAAAACUUUUAAGUGAAA